CUGACAAUAUUUAUCUUACUCUCCGUCUAGCGACUCAGCCAACAAUCACAUUUCAGGAAGACCCAUGGUCAACAAGAUGAAAGCGAUCCAAAUAUUGGGCGACAAGAAGUCACCAAAAAUCAUUCCAAAUACAAUAACGCCGAAGCCCACGCCUCAAGGCGCCGAAAUACUGGUCCGGGUCCAUGCCGCCGGAGUCACUGGCGAUGAGCUCGGCUGGCCUGAGCUCUACGAGACCGCAUCCCGGAUUCCCGGCCAUGAGCUAUCGGGCACGGUCGAUGAACUAGGCCCAGGCUACACCGGAGACCUCGUCAUCGGGCAAGAGGUCUUUGCAUUCACUUCGGCAGACCGCGGACAAUGCCAAGCUGAAUAUGUCGCUUGCUUGCCAGACGAAGUCGCUUCGAAGCCGGCUGCUAUCUCUCAUCUUGAAGCCGCAGCUCUUCCGAUACCGAUUCUUACGGCAUGGGAGGCUGCCAUGGACCACGGGGAGAUUACCGCCGACAUGACUGUCCUAGUCGCCGGAGCCUCUGGCGCGGUCGGAUUCAUCGCGGUUCAGUUGGUUGCUCAGUUUACCGGAGCUCAUGUCCUUGCGCUGGCUUCACCGCGACAUCACGAAGCCUUGAGGCAGCUAGGCGCUGAGGUCUUGGACUACAAUGAAUCAGACUGGGCCUCAUCAAUCGGUGCUGUGGAUGUUGUCAUCGACAUGGUGGGCGGGAGUAUCCUGCGCAAGGCCUGGGAGAUUGUGGCUGAGGAUGGGAUUAUCAUUACUGUUGCUGAUCCACCGCCUCCAUGGGCUUUCGGAAAUGUUGUACCGGAAGAGUCAGUUGGGAGACAUGGACUUCGAUACAAGUACUUUAUUGUAUGGCCCAAUGCUGAGCGGUUGUGUAGAGCAUCUGAGAUGAUUGAGGCGGGCGCUUUAAAAGCGUUGGUAGUAAAGUCGUUUCCUUUUGCAGAGGCGGUACAAGCCUGGGAGUAUUCCCGGCAAAGAGAUAAGGGAAGUAAGGUAGUCAUUGAGUUUAAAUGAAUCUACCGGUAAGCAACUAGAGCUCUUGGUAAUCCACGCUAAGCUAGAACACAAACCAUUUGCCCUUAUUCGGGAAUGCUUAACGACUUCAUUCGC